AUGUUAACUUGGGCAUGUCGCUGCCUGCCAGGGUUUAGCAUCAUCGCGUUGGCGCUGCUGCUGGUGCUGGCCUUCUCUGAUGUGCUGGCUUCACCCCGGUGGAACGGCAUGUUUCUUCUCCCGUCCUACUCCCCGGCCAAAGAUGGUGCCUGGAGUUCGCUGUCUCGCGCGCAACAAUGUUUUGUCGUCUACGCCAUCAUCGUGCAUUUGCACAUGUUUGGCUUUACGCUCCGUCUGAGCUGGUCCUUGUUCCGCAUCUUCAAGAAAACCAAACGUGCCUUCGAGCGCCGCAUCAUGCCCCCGGUCUCACCUGCGUCGAGUCGGUCGAGCUCGAGUCGACUGAGCUGGUCCAGUCACCCAGAUGACUCGGAAAAGAAUCCAUCGGAGUCGAUGCUCGAGAAGGCCAGUGUGAUGGUCCAGGAGAUGGCUGAGGAGCAGGAAGUAAUUCACGCGAUCAUCCUACCAAACUACUGUGAAGACUUGAACACGCUGGAGACCACUCUCAAGGUUCUGGCCAGCCACCCUCGAGCCCAAUCGCAAUACGAGGUAUAUCUAGCCAUGGAACAAAAGGAAGAAUCUGCCCCAGAGAAGGCUAGCAAGUUGACUGCGGCGUUCGAAAAGUCCUUUCUGCAUAUAUGCUCGACUUUCCACCCGUCCGGUAUCCAGGGCGAGAUUGCCGGUAAGAGCUCCAACGUGGCAUUCGCAGCCCGCCGCAUCGUGGAGAUCCAUCGCGCGGAUCUGAAGGUCGAGUCUUGCAAUGUGAUUGUCACAGUGAUGGACGCUGAUACGCACCUUUCCCGGGAUUACUUCACGGAAAUCCGCCGCAUGCACUACGCUCAUCUCUCGGAAGCGGAGCGCUCGAUCUAUUGCUGCCCGAUCAUCUUCGACCGCAAUUCCCACGAGAGUCCGAUCCUGGUCCGGUGUGCAGAUCUGCUCUGGGGGUUUGCGGGACUGUCAACCAUGUACCCGGGCUCGUGGCUUGCCAUUCCCACUUCUGUAUAUUCUCUGCCGCUAUCGCUGGCCGAGAAAGUGGGCGGGUGGGAUAGUGGUCCCACGGCUAUUGGCGAGGAUUUGCACAUGCUGCUCAAGUGUUACUUCGAGACCGCCGGUAACGUUGUCUCGCGCGUGGUCUACGCGCCCGCCAGCCAGUGCAACGUGUCGAGUGACCGCGCUCGGGGCUGGCGCUGGACUCUGGAUACCUGCCGCGCGCGGUAUCGACAAGCCCUCCGACACAUGUGGGGAGCUCUAGACACGGGGUUUGCAGCGCGGCGGAGUAUCGGCUACCUUCGUUUCGACCACCGGUGUCUAUUCCUUCGCCCAAGGCACUUCCUGCUUCUGCAUUUGCUCUGGGAAGCACACUUCCUGCCCUGCCACCUGGUUAUCUUGAUGGUCUUCUCCACCGCGUACACUGUGUUCACGUCUGGGACGUCCGUGCAUCCGAUGGUCGCCUGGGCGUUUUCCGUUACCAAUAUCCUGCGCACGAUGGGUUUCCUGUGGAUGAACCUGUGUCUUGCUUUGUAUGAGCGCUGGCAUGCACUGUGCCUCGACACGCGGAUGCAAGACAUGCGCGAGGCCCGACUCGCCGACACCGGAUGCUCGCAGCGGGUGUGGUACCAGCCCACUUACCUCCUAGAGCGAGUCUGCUUCCCCGUUGCAGGAACUGUGUUUGGUGCAGUCCCCAUGCUGCACGCUGUGGUCUCGCACUUCUGGACGGAUCGGUUGGUGUACCGGGUCAGCAAGAAGCCGACGUUCAGCAGUCUGGUGGAUGGCGUUCUACCCGUUUAA